AGCCUCUCCUUCUCUCUUCUAUUAGAUCUAGAAAAGAGCGUCUUCUCUCUUCAAACCCUAAUCUGAGAAUCGCCCGUCUUUUAAUUAGCUGUUAUUCUUUUUCGGGUUUUGGCGGGAUAAAUUCGGGGUUUUCAGUAAUAUCGCCCAAAGAUUUUAGAGUUACAAAUUAUUAAUUUUUUUCCUUUUCUUGAUCCGAUCCCGAUCUUAUUCGAUUUAGGGUUUCGUUUUUCCGUUUGUUGCUGUUGUUGGUGAAUCAACAGAUGUCUCGGUGUUUUCCGUAUCCUCCACCGGGAUACGUAAAGAACGGAAUCCGCGAUGAGGCACUAAUUGAAUCGAUUAAGAUUAAGAGAGAAGAAGAGAAGGCCAAGAAGGAAAGGAAGAAAGAAAAGAAGGAGAAGAAAGAGAAAAAACGGGAGAAGAAAGAAAGAGAUAAGUCUCGGGACAGUGGUGAAGCUGAAAGUAAAAAGCAUGGUCAUAAGAAAAGGCAUAAAGACGAGGGGAGCAAAGAAGAUCAAAAAGGAGGAGACCGUCAAAAGAAAAGAGAGUACGAAGUGGAAUGUUUUGAGAAGAGUACGCUUACUGAAGAACAUGGUCAGGCGGUUGGACCACAGAACUCUUCUGAUAGCACCCUUAACAGCAGUAAAAGACAGAAGCUGAGCUCGCCUCCUGACAGUGGGCAAAAUCCUGGAAGCAUUAUCCGGAUCCGAUUGCCUUCCCAAAGGCAUAAAGAUCCUGAAGUGCUACCCAGCAAGGAACAGCCUUGCUCUACCUCAGGAAACACUGAUGAGGCCUUUGUUCAACGGGUGCAUGAGCAUGCUCCUAGACCAGGCAAAGAACUGGAAGAACAACCUUGUUCGACUUCCGAUAUUAAACGCCCGGAGCUAACUUUCAAGCUCGGCAAAGAAAAAGCUUGCUCCUCUUCUCGCACAUCAGAAACUCUUGCUCAUAAUACCAAGGCGCCAACGCUGUCAAACUUGUGUACCACUUGCCCUCCGAAAUUAGCUUUACAAUUCAAAAACCUUGUGGAGGAUUGGGUUAUGCCUACACCGCAAAGCGAGUUAACCAGUUCUGGCGAUGAUGACUGGCUGUUUCAGAAGAAGCAAAACCUCAACACCGAGGUUAAAACCCACAAAGAUGGAAAUCUUAACUCUAACCAAAUGAGCUCGGCAACUUGGCCACGUGCUUGCUUCUUGCCCGAGGCCGAUAUAUACGCAUUACCAUUCACGGUACCGUUCUGAACUAUAUUUUGCAUAGGAGAAAAAGGCAUGCAAAGUGUGAGAAACUAGAAAAAAAAUAGUGGUUAAUUUUAGUUCAUGGUGCUGAAAGUGUGAAGGGUUUGUUGCCAGCAUUUCAGCUCCUUAAUUUCGUUUUAAUGUUGGGAAUUAGGACCCUCAAUUUGAGGAGAGGAUAAAUUUUGUGCGGCGACCCCUUAGAAAAAAGAAAAAAAAGAUGGCUACUGAGGGCGUUUUCUUUUUAAACCAUUACUGGUGAAAAAAAGAAUGAGGUUAUUGAUGUAUUACAAAAUUCAAUUCUUUCUAGUAAUAUGGGUAUCGCUGUUUGUUCA